AUGAAUGUAAUUGAUCAAAAACACAGUGGGGUAUUUUUUGUUGAUGGUCCAAGAGGAAAAGGUAAAAUAUUCCUUUAUAGAGCAUUAAUGGCAAGUUUACGAAGUAGAGGAGAAAUUGUUUUGGCAACUGCAUCAGCUGGUAUAGCUGCAACGUUGUUACCCGAUGGUAGAACUGCGCACUCUCGAUUUAAGAUACCUAUCGAUAUACAUCCGAGUUCCAUUUGUGGUAUUCAAAAGCAAAACGAUCUUGCAAAUCUCAUUAGGGUUUCUGCUGCAAUAAUUUGGGAUGAAGCCCUAAUGAUAAACAAAAAUUAUUUGGAAGCCUUAGAUCGAUCAUUACAUGACAUUUGUAGCAACAAUACUCAUUUGGAGGAAAAGUUAUGA